GGGCGUCAACUUCCUAGAUUUCUCCACCUUUAGCAAGAUCAACGAGAAGACUCCUCCUGCAUGUAGAGCAACCCGAGCAGGAGCGUAACCGAAUGGCGUAAGAACGUGAAAGGAAAGCCGUGAACGUCUGCGCAUUCCUGUCCCGAGCCAUUCUAGAUGCGGGAAAAAAUGCUUUCAGAAAGCAGUUCGUUUUUGAAGGGUGUGAUGCUCGGAAGCAUUUUCUGUGUCUUGAUCACUAUGCUAGGACAUGUUAGGAUUGGUCAUGGAAAUAGAAUGCACCACCAUGAGCACCAUCACCUACAAGCUCCUAACAAAGAAGAUAUCUUGAAAAUUUCAGAGGAUGAACGCAUGGAGCUCAGUAAGAGCUUUCAGGUAUAUUGCAUCAUCCUUGUAAAACCCAAAGAUGUGAGUCUUUGGGCCGCAGUGAAGGAGACUUGGACCAAACACUGUGACAAAGCGGAGUUCUUCAGUUCUGAAAAUGUUAAAGUGUUUGAAUCAAUUAAUCUGGAAACAAAUGAUAUAUGGUUGAUGAUGAGGAAAGCUUACAAAUAUGCCUUUGAUAAGUAUAAAGAGCAAUACCACUGGUUCUUCCUGGCACGUCCCACUACAUUUGCUAUUAUUGAAAACCUAAAGUAUUUUUUGUUAAAAAAGGAUCCAUCACAACCUUUCUAUCUAGGCCACACUAUAAAAUCUGGAGACCUUGAAUAUGUGAGUGUGGAAGGAGGAAUAGUCUUAAGUAUAGAAUCAAUGAAAAGACUUGAUAGCCUUCUCAAUAUUCCUGAAAAGUGUCCUGAGCAGGGAGGAAUGAUUUGGAAGAUAUCUGAAGAUAAGCAGCUAGCAGUCUGCCUGAAAUAUGCUGGAGUGUUUGCAGAAAAUGCAGAAGAUGCUGAUGGAAAAGAUGUAUUUAAUACUAAAUCUGUUGGGCUUUUUAUUAAAGAGGCAAAGACUAAUCACCCAAACCAGGUAGUAGAAGGAUGUUGUUCAGAUAUGGCUGUUACUUUUAAUGGACUAACUCCUAAUCAGAUGCAUGUGAUGAUGUAUGGGGUAUACCGACUUAGAGCAUUUGGACAUGUUUUCAAUGAUGCAUUGGUUUUCUUACCUCCAAAUGGUUCUGAUAAUGACUAAGACAUGGAGUAACAAGAGCCAUGCAUUUGGUCAUCAUAUUUGCUCUCAUUUGUGGUAACAAUUACGUAUCCAAUACUGGGAUGUUUCUGUUUUCCUUGUCUAAUCUGGAGACACUGGUAUGAUCAUGCAUUAAAGUUUACUAUUAUAUCUUUAAAUGGAGUGAUAUUUUUUCCUUAAAAUGCUUUGUGAAAAUUUUAAAUAUGUUGGAAAUAAAUGCUUGGAGAAUAAUAAUUUCAAAAGUAAAGAAUAUAUUUAUUAAUAUGUGAUAAAGUCUUGGUUAUAAACAUUAAAAAUCAGUGUGGCAUCUAGUCUUCCUGAUUAAAAAAUUUAUCCUGUCUUUCUAGCAUUCUAGUAUAUGUAAAUGAAAUCUCUAGUUGUUAUUUUCUGUUAGAAUGUUUAGCUGUUUCCUUUACAUCUAAUGUACACUUAUGCUUUAAAUUUCCUGAAUUGCCAAUAUAUUUGCCUUUUUUUUUUUUUGGUCCAGUUGUGCAGCCUCA